UGUCUCUGGCUGCAGCGGGAGGUCAAGGUCUCUUCCUUACUGCCCUGUGUCCUCUGCUCCUAGAGGCCCAGCCUCUGUGGCCCUGUGACCUGCAGGUAUUGGGAGAUCCACAACUAAGUCGCCAGGACCCCCUGGAAGCCUGGAAAUGGGAUCAUUGACAUUUAGGGAUGUGGCCAUACAAUUCUCCCUGGAGGAGUGGCAAUGCCUGGACUCUACACAGCAGAAUUUAUAUAGGAAUGUGAUGUUAGAGAACUACAGAAACCUGGUCUUCCUGGGUAUUGCUACCUUUAAGCCAGACCUGAUCAUUUUUCUGGAGCAAGGAAAAGAGCCCUGGAAUAUGAAGAGACAUAAGAUGGUGGAAGAACCCCCAGGUAGGUGA